CGUACUCCUCACGUUAGAUACGCCACCAUCUUGUUUUCGAGCACCGGUUCCGUUUCUGGGUUCCCAGGAGAGGAGGGAACAAGGCGGAUACCAUGCCAGCCGGGCCUGUGCAAAUCAUGACGCCCGAUGGCGGACAGCCAAUGGAAGAGGAGAAAAAAGAGGAGGUGGUUCCAUCCAAGCCAAUUGUGGGCAUCAUUUACCCUCCACCUGAGGUCCGAAAUAUUGUGGACAAGACUGCCAGUUUCGUAGCCAGAAAUGGUCCAGAGUUUGAAGCUAGGAUUCGUCAGAAUGAAAUAAACAAUCCAAAGUUUAACUUCCUGAAUCCUAAUGACCCCUACCAUGCCUACUACCGGCACAAGGUCAAUGAGUUCAAGGAAGGCAAAGCCCAGGAGCCAUCCGCUGCUAUCCCAAAGGUUAUGCAGCAGCAACAGUCUAUACAGCAACUGCCUCAGAAGGUUCAGGCACAGGUUGUGCAAGAGACCAUUAUCCCCAAGGAGCCUCCAGCAGAGUUUGAGUUUGUGGCUGACCCUCCUUCCAUCUCUGCUUUUGACCUGGAUGUGGUAAAGCUAACAGCACAGUUUGUAGCUCGUAAUGGGCGACAAUUCUUGUCACAACUAAUGCAGAAAGAGCAGCGGAAUUACCAGUUUGACUUCCUGCGGCCCCAGCACAGCCUCUUUAACUACUUUACCAAGCUAGUGGAACAGUACACGAAGAUCCUGAUUCCUCCGAAAGGAUUACUUCUCAAGUUGAAGAAAGAAGCAGAAAACCCCACUGAAGUUUUAGAUCAGGUACGUUACCGUGUGGAGUGGGCAAAGUAUCAGGAAAGGGAAAGGAGGAAGGAGGAAGAAGAGAAGGAGCGUGAACGUGUGGCCUAUGCACAGAUAGAUUGGCAUGACUUUGUUGUAGUGGAGACUGUUGACUUCCAACCUAGUGAACAAGGUAAUUUCCCACCUCCUACAACCCCCGAGGAACUCGGGGCUCGAAUUCUAAUUCAAGAACGGUACGAGAAGUUUGGUGAAAGCGAAGAGGUAGAAAUGGAGGUUGAAUCGGAUGAUGAAGAUGAUGUGAGAGACAACAAAGCAGGGGAAUCCAGUUCCCAAAUGGACCAGGACACGCAAAUUCAAGAUAUGGAUGAGGGCUCGGAUGAGGAAGAAUAUACCACAAAGGCUCCUCUUCCUCCAGAAUCCCCCAUGCCUCCGCCUCUACCUCCAACACCAGACCAGGUUAUUGUCAGGAAGGAUUACGACCCCAAAGCUUCAAAACCAACACCUCCAGCCCCUGCGCCGGAUGAGUACCUUGUAUCUCCUAUCACUGGGGAGAAGAUUCCUGCCAGUAAGAUGCAGGAGCACAUGCGUAUUGGACUUCUGGAUCCACGAUGGCUUGAACAAAGGGAUCGCUCUAUCCGUGAGAAGCAAGGGGAUGAUGAAGUGUAUGCUCCAGGUUUGGAUAUUGAGAGCAGCUUGAAACAGCUGGCUGAACGCCGUACUGAUAUUUUCGGUGUGGAAGAAACCGCUAUUGGUAAAAAGAUUGGAGAAGAGGAGAUUCAGAAGCCCGAGGAGAAGGUGACCUGGGAUGGGCAUUCAGGUAGUAUGGCCCGUACUCAGCAGGCAGCACAAGCCAACAUCACAUUGCAGGAACAGAUCGAAGCAAUUCAUAAAGCAAAAGGUCUUGUGCCUGAAGAGGAUGGCAAGGAUAAAAUUGGUCCCAGUAAGCCGAAUGAGAUGCCACAGCCGCCUCCCCCAUCCUCUACAUCAACGCUAACCAGCUCUGCUCCUCCUAUAAACACUGUGCCAAGGCCUCCUUUAGUAUCGCUUCACCAAUCUAUGAACCCUCCUGUGUCACGGCCUCCCACGAUGCCACCACCUAUACGUACAACAAUGGUAUCUGCCAUGCCAGUCAUGCAGCGCCCUCCUAUGGGCUCUGUAGUGCGUCUCCCUCCAGGUUCUGUCUUAACUGCUUCUAUGCCGCCCAUCCUGCACCCUCCACGAAUCAAUGUGGUGCCAAUGCCACCUAAUCCUCCCCCUAUGAUGGCACAAAGAGCCCCGCACAUGAUUGUUCCUGCUGCUUUUGUUCCUGCACCUCCUGUUGCCCCUGUGCCUGCUCCAGCUCCCCUACCCCCAGCUCAUCCUCCUCCACCUUUGGAGGAUGAACCAGCUACUAAGAAAAUGAAGAGUGAGGACUCGCUGAUUCCAGAAGAGGAGUUCUUGCGCAGAAACAAGGGUCCUGUUACUGUCAAAGUUCAAGUUCCCAACAUGCAGGACAAGACAGAAUGGAAACUGGGAGGUCAAGUGUUGGUAUUCACACUGCCCAUCUCAGAUCAGGUCUCUGUCAUAAAGGUUAAGAUUCAUGAAGCCACAGGAAUGCCAGCAGGGAAGCAGAAGCUUCAGUAUGAAGGAAUUUUUAUUAAGGAUUCCAACUCUUUAGCUUACUACAAUAUGCAGAAUGGAGCCACUAUCCAUCUGGCACUAAAGGAGAGAGGAGGCAGGAAGAAGUGAAGAGGAAAACAAAGCAAGAGGCAAUAUGUGAAACUCCUUAACAUUUUCAUCUUGCAGAUACAUUGUAGUAAACAUUUCAAUAUAAGUAAAUAUACAUUUAUCUGCUUUAUUAAUGUUCACUAUAAACAUUUUUGUUAUUUCAAUAUUUUUAUACCCAGAUGUAUUUGUUUUAGAUCUAUAUAGAUCUAGCCAUUUGUGAAUUACUGCCAACUCUAGGGGGAGCACAAGCAUAUUCACUCACAAUCCUUUACUGUUUAUGCAGUUUAAAUACAGAGCUGUAAAAAAAGUGUUCUCAUUAAAUUAUGUUUAUAUUGAUGUUCAAACGCAUGGCUUAUUCCUUAUGAAUAAAGAAUCUUGAGGACUAUA